AGCACAUUCCUUUAUUCUUAGUGUCUUUCGUCUCUAAAUUGCCUCUUAUCUUAGCACACAAGUUUCGCUCUUAUUGUGUCAUUCUUCGCCCCAAAACGCGCAAACUCUCCGAGAAAAGUUCUUCGAUUGUUUACUUGUCUAGGUGUGGAAUUCCACUACUUACUAAUAUGCUUCAUCUCUGACCUAUUUUUGUGAUAAUUCAUUCCCGAUAUUCAUAUCUCAGCUUGAUCUCGCACUCUCCUUCUAUGUGAAUCAAAACCCAUACUCCAUUUUCGUCAUCAGAUGCUAAGUUAAAGUCCGAUUCGUCUCCUUUACUCAAAAAAAUCAUCGAUCAUCUCUUCUUGAUGAUUAAUUUCCGAUCAUCCUUCCAAUCUCCCGUUAAAAUCACAUACCUUAACCCCUUCUUCUAUUCAAUUUCUUCUACUUUCUCCUAUUCAGAUACUUUCUUCAUACGCUGUUUCAAUUGUCUCCGAUUCCGCUUGAAAAUUUGAGCUUGAUCGAAGGUAAGUAAACCCUAGAACUUAAUUUCAUCUGGGUAGCUGGAAAUGGCUGAUCGAUUUAGGUCUGUUACAAUUGAGGACCUCCCCUCGCAUUUAAUACUAGAGAUCCUUACUUCCGGCGGCUUGGCCGCAGCUGAUUUGGCUUGUUUGGAGAUUACUUCUAGAACAUUCGGUGGAAGUCGUGACCUUCACCCAUUAAAGUUCCGAUCCUUGGUUGAUUUUGCUGCGUUUCAGUUAUGUCUAUCUCAUCCAAUAUACUCCUCUUUGAACGAAGCUGCCAAAGGAAAGCUUUUCAUUCGGUGCCAAAGCAACUGGAAGCAAGCAUUGAGGUUCUUGCAAUCGGUUGAACAAUCCUCAGAUAUUGUUCAGACUUCAUCAGGCAAUAUGCAGGUGAGGACAGGAAAAUAUCAUUCAUUGUUGAUUAAGGAUUCGUCGGUUUACUCCUGUGGUUCUAGUUUCUGUGGUGUUCUUGGACAUGGCCCUUUAACGACACAAUGUGUUUCGUUUACUCGAAUUAGUUUCCCUUCUGCUGUUGAUAUUGUCCAUGUCUCGGCCUCCCACAAUCAUGUUGCGUUUCUUGCGCAAUCAGGAGAGGUUUUUACAUGUGGAGAUAGUUCCUCGUUUUGCUGUGGGCACAGCGAUACAGGGCGUCCGAUCUUUAAACCGAGGCUUGUUGAAGCAUUGAAGGAUAUCCCUUGCAAGCAGGUUGCAGCUGGUCUUAGUUUCACAGUGUUUCUGACAAGAGAGGGGAGAGUAUAUACUUGUGGUUCAAACGCACACGGUCAGCUUGGUCAUGGUGAUACAGUUGAUAGACCGACACCUACGCUUGUAGAAUCACUCGAGCUUGCUGGUUCUGUAGUUCAGGUUUCAGCUGGUCCAAGUUAUACAUUGGCUGUAACUAGUGAUGGCAGCUUGUAUUCUUUCGGAUCGGGGACAAAUUUCUGUUUAGGUCAUGGAGAGCAGCAGAAUGAACAAGGACCUCGCCCUGUUGAGUUCUUUAGAAGAAAUGGUAUUCAUGUUGUUAGAGUCUCUGCUGGAGAUGAGCAUGUUGUCGCUCUUGAUUCUAAUGGAUUGGUUUAUACAUGGGGGAAAGGUUACUGUGGUGCAUUGGGUUAUGGAGAUGAAAUCGAUAAAACUACGCCACAAUUCCUCAGCUGCCUGAAGAGUCAAGUUGCUAUACAGGUAUGCGCCAGCAAGAGGAAAACAUUUGUUUUGGUGAAUGACGGUUCUCUUUAUGGAUUUGGUUGGAUGGGUUUUGGUAGCCUUGGAUUUCCAGACAGAGGACCAUCGAACAAGAUUACUAAACCUUUGGUUCUGAAUAGCUUAAAGUCCCACCGCAUUUCUCAAGUUAGCACAGGCCUGUACCAUACUGUCGUAUUGACCAGCCAUGGGCGAGUUCUUGGAUUUGGAGAUAACGAAAGGGCACAGCUCGGACAUGAUUCCAUGCGAGGAUGCCUUCAGCCAACUGAAAUUUGUAUCCCCGAAUAAUAGAAAAUUAAAGAAAAUCCAUUAUUAUCUUUAUUAUUGAUAACUUAAUAAGCCAAAUUGUAUCUUGAAUUGUUUUUAGGCUUUAUAUUGUUAUGUGGUUAUGAUUUAUGUUGCUGGAAUUUCAUUUGCCUUUGUGUGAGUGAUUUGUUUUUAAAAAAUUGAACUGUUUCCAAAAUAUGUACCCUAUUUGUGUUAGAUAUUGACUUGUAUACACUGAAAAAUUAGGGUUUAUUAAUAAUGGAUUGUGGUAUGAGUGUAAUUUCA